CCGGGAGAUCGGAACUUCCGAGCCGGCCGGAGAGAUGGAGGCGCAAGCAAGAAGAGCGCGCUGAGAAGGAGCGGAUCAACUUCAGGAGGAACUGAUUCUGUACGUUUGCAACAGACUGCAUAUCGGCUGCGUAUACAGUGCUGAUCAGCUUGGAAAUCACUGACAUCCAUAACCCACCUCCUUCCUGAAACCGCUCUCAAGGGACUGGUUGGAGGAGUUCGUCCACAUUUCAAAGGCUGACGAAACUCAGCUGCCACUCUUAGGUGCAGGCCAAGGCCGAGGGAAGUGGCCUUAACAUCCUGCCAGCCCUUCUUCCAGCUAGAGAAAGCCGCCAUGGAGCAGAUUGGAAGCUUUUUCCACGCAAUUGGGACUUUCAUCCACACCAAGCAUCAGGAGGGCAUUUACAACACCGUCUGCCUGGCUGUGGUGCUGGGGCUGCCGGUCCUUGUCGUCCUGGUUGGUGUCUUCAUCUGUUGCCACUGCUGCUUCUGUGGCCGGCGGCAAAAGGACCACAGUGGCUCCAGCAGCAGCAGUCCUUCCCAGCGGAAGAAAAGGAACAAGUUGAUGAGAAAGAAGAAAGAAGAAGAUCUCUGGAUCUCAGCCCAGCCCAAACUGUUCCUGCUGGAAAAGAGGCCAUCUCUGCUGGCCUAGAGAAAGCCAGGCGAACAAGGACUAUUCCUCUUACAAGGUUUUGUAGCACUUUGGGGCUGAGGACUUUGCGUACUGGACUCCCUCCCCUUUAAGAGUGGUGUGCAGCUUUUCUUAAAAAGAAAGAAAGAGGGGAACAAAGGCUUUUGGAAUGUCACUGGGAUGUUCUGGGAAGUCCCUAUUUGGGCAUAUGUUUACAAGCACUCUGCUAAUUGCACCCGGGCGAGAUGAACGAAUGCCUAUACCAGUAUACAUGCUAGUUCAAUGGGUAGCCAAGAACAUGCUUAUAUGCACUUGCCAGCACAUUUAGCUUUACGAAGAAGCUUCUGUGGCCUUGGGGCUGAAGGACACAAAAGAGAAUGUUUAUUCCAACUAACAAACCUUGCACUGACACCAGUCUGUGCACUAGCAAGCAGGCGUUCACAGCUGCACACAACAUGUAUGGAUAACAUGCAUUGCCAUAUAUAUCCAGAUUGCACCCAGAUGAACAGAGACCUGCUUCAGGUGUCUUUAAAUGGGGGUCAGAGGAGGAGGGUAGGGUCUACCCAUGACUAGCAUUUAUCCUGGAUAGCUAAACUGUACAUUUAGUUCAGAGACAGGGUUCCAUCCUUGGAGGGCGGCCAUGGCCUUCACGCCCUGCUUGUGGGCUUCACGGAAGAAUCUAAUGGGGCAGUUAAAUGCCAAGGGUCCCCUCUGAAGCAAGGCGUCAUAAACUCACCACAAUAUCUUCCUCAUAACACUCUCUAACCAAGGCUUUAUGUAUUCUGCAAUUGUGCUAGAGAAUUCAGCAUGCCAAGAACCAUUCUUCAAAAGUGCCAUGAUUCUAGGCCUUGGGGCUGCAGCAACAGGCUCAAGAGUCUGUGGGCGGUGCCUGAUCAAAGCUCAGAGUGGGGAGUGAGCAGGACUUCUAGGGCUGAGGCUUCAGCAUCGUUCUGAGCAAUUCGCCUCUCCCCAUGACUAGCAAAAGCAGAAAAGAUGAUGCAAAAUAGGCACACGUGCACAAGUAUUUCCCCCAGCACAGUCUUUCCUGUGCCAGCUCAUUUCUUCUUAAGGCCUUCACAAAUAACAGGUGUCAUCCAGCCAACGCGGAAUACUUUUCAGUUCCACUGAUUUCACUGAGGGAGUUACAUAGAUAACUCUUCCCCACUGAAAUCAAAGGGACUUAUAAGUUGGACUCGAUGGCCUUACAGUAGGGUGACCCUAUGAAAAGGAGGACAGGGCUCCUGUAUUUUUAACAGUUGUAUUGGAAAAGGGAAUUUCAGCAGGCGUCAUUGGUAUAUAUGAGGAACCUGCUGAAAUUCCCUCUUCAUCACAACAGUUAAAGCUGCAGGAGCUAUACUAGAGUGACCAGAUUUAAAGGAGGGCAGCUUUAACUGGUGUGAUGAAGAUGAAAUUUCCCCAGGUUCCCCAGAUAUACA